GGGGGGCUCCUGUGACACGGCGAGAACGGGUUGUUAGUAACUACUGUACUUUCGUCGCACUUUUAUCGAGCGAUGGCAUUCGAUUGUGCAUCUCGUUGCAUGUCCGGUUUUCUCCUUUCGAUUCUUUGGUCUCUUGGGCUCACUUUGAACUAGUAUUUUUUUCCACGGGUUUCGGAAAAUGACUUUCCCAUAAUUCUUCUGCUAAGGUGUUCGUUCUUCUCUGGAGCCUGCUCUGCCCAGAGUGGAUGCCGAGCAGUAAGUUGUGUCACAACUCAUUUCACUGUCUUUGCUUACAUGGUGUCGUUUGACCUUUUCGUUUGGGAAUUAAUACUAUCAUAUGCCUUCUUCGUUACUUCAUCCGCUGCGAUCUUUCCUUGAACAUUGACGUUAUGAGAAGGAACGAAUCUGAGCAACUCUUCAUUCUUCGCGGCCUCUCGCCAUUUUUCACUUUUUAUGUGCACAACCUUGGCAAUCUUAAAAAGAAAUAAAACCCCCCCAAUCGAAACAUCGGAGACUCCUUUCUGAGAUCUAGACACGAGCAAAGAGGAAAUUUCGUUUUUGCUCCCACUUGCUACACCGAUCGGUGGAGGAAAAAACUCAAAGAUCAAAGAGGAGUAAGAAGCAAUUAGUCCGGUUCCUUUCAACUACUCCAAAUCAUUCUUCGACCUUUUCUCUCAUGCAAUGAACUUCCGGACGAGAGGAUUUGCAGGCAGGCAUACCGAACUACACCAGGAAGGGUUAUGGAUUUUGAGAGGGUAUGGACUUUCAGCUGGGGUAUUGAACAGGCCCAGUUACAGUAUUACAAAAGUCGGUCAGAGGCAUGAUCAUUGGAGCAUAUAAGAUAACUAUGGGAUUUUAGAGGGAGAGGGAGUUUCAGAGGAAGUGAGAGUAGCAAGAGAUGGGGAGAAAAGCCGAAGGUCACACCAAGGUUGAAGAUCUACCCAACGUACUGACGCUACAAAAGCGAGCUUGUGAUCAGAGCUGACGAAGCGAAUUCACGAUGCCACCUCAGUCUAGCAAAUUACGUCUGGCCCAUGUGGAAUGAAACCAGGGGAUUGGCGAGCCUGCAACUCCAAUGACUUGGGAUUCACUAGGAGACACAUUCUGCGCGGACGCUUGUACUUUUGAGUGGAUUUAUUCGUACUACGUCUCCUCACAAAACUGCUUUGCUAAGGAGAACGCUAGAUUGAGCUUGAACAGUUGCUAAAUUUGGAGGUAAGCUGGCAGCUGGAUUUCAUGCUCACUGACUCCAGUCUCCUGGAGGGUCUAGAGGUGGAAACAUCUGUCCCUCGACUGCUAUGAUGUUUUGAAGCUUUUGGAAAAUAUCAGUUUUCCAAAACCUUCAAAACUGUUGUGGAGGCUCGACGGAUCGAUGUGGACGAAGUGCAUGGAGCCACGUGAAUUCACGGAAUGAAACUGGCCCAUUCACGUCCUCAUGUGGACGGCAAGGGGACGGAAGGUGUGACGAGCGUAAAUAUCAUAAUAUCCAUCUGUCCGUUUGUCCGUCCGUCCUUGUGUCCAUCCAUCCGUAGCCCUUGUCUGUGAGGCUGCGGACUCUCAGGGGAUCCAGUGAAUCAUGGAUCCAGGAUUCACUGGCAGGAGGAGCAUUUGGUUUGGCUCGGUCACAAAGAAGCAGAAUUUCUGAAAGUCUCAGACGAUUGCCAAGGGCGAAUUUUUCGACAUGUCUGCUGUGGUUUUGGCCCACUCGGCUCUGGCUUACACUCGCUGCCUUGUGCUACAACCAAUCCGGAAAUUGCCAGUGGCCCAUCGCAGCCCUUGCAGUCUAAAGCCCCUAAGGGUUUUGCAGCCAGGAAGAUGUUAUGCAGCCGUCCUUUCCAGAGAGGAUAGAAAUCAUCUUCUAUCGGGUGUCGACCCGAGUAAUAUCGACGCAGUUACACGGAUCCUAGAACAGGGCAAAAAUGCAGCUGAUAGAUGGGAAAUAGCUUACUCGAGCUUCCUUACUCCUCCAACUUUACACGACGCUCUGUUAGCGCUCAAGCGAGUUGCUGAUAUCGGGAUUGUCGUUUGGGGCGGUUAUUCUGAGGCAGAACGAUGCCGACUUGCCUUAGGAAACAUUGAAGCCAUGAAUAACUCAGUACGCGAAGAAAUCGAGGCCGCUGCCGUUUCUGCUGUUAGUAUAUCUGGCAACUUCAAAUAUGACAAGGUAUCACAUGGAGAUUUCUUGGGAGCUGUAUUGGGGACAGGAAUUGUCCGUGAGAAAGUGGGAGACAUUAUUGUGAAGGGUGACCAGGGAGCUCAAGUCUUAGUUGUUCCUGAACUGGCAGGCUUCCUCUGUGCUGCCGUGACGCAGGUGCGCGUGGUACCUGUUGAAACUUCACCUAUACCUCUGAGCGAUCUAGAGGUUAUCAUACCAAAGAAGGAUGUAAUGAAAACUGUCGAAGCCUCGUUGAGAGUUGAUGCGAUAGCCAGUGCCGGGUUCAAGAUGUCACGCUCCAAACUGCAAGACACAAUAAGUGGUGGAGCGCUAUUUAUUAACUGGAAGGAGGUAAACAAAGGUGGAGCAACUUUGAAAACCGGUGACGUCGUUUCUCUGCGUGGAAAGGGCAGAAUAGAGAUUGGAGAAAUAAAUGUCACUAAAAAAGGAAGAUAUGCCGUAGAAAUUAUGAGAUAUUUGUAAUUGGUGCACAAAGAAUGCCAUCGAUUCCAAAUCGAUUAUUUAUCCAUUUUUACUCUGCAAUCCUCUGUUCAUUGUUACUUUCCAGCUUUCCCUCUCAUUUUCUACCAUAUUAUCUGCCUGACUGUUGUGAAGAAUAUGUAUAGGUAGACGAUUAAUUUUCAUGUCGAAGAGCUGAAUGUGUAAUGUCUUGCAUAUUUUUUCUUGUUAUAGAUAUUUUGCUCGAGCAACUAUCAUGAGACUAUUGUGCUCCUUAUAUCAACCCCAAAGGAACAUUUGAAAACUAUUGGAAAGUUUUAAAUUGCUAAUGGCUUUCAAAGGUGGCUUUCGGGUUUUUUCAUGUCCAGCUUGGGGCCAGGGGUACGGUGAAACCGAUUCGUGUGGAGAUGAAUUUUACUAGACGGGGUAGAUAACCUCUUCCUUCAUAGUUCACCAACAGCCAAGGCCAGUCUCACGUCAAAUGAAAAACAAAAGGCUGGCUAAAAUCUUGCAAAUGUCCUCAAGAAGUUAAAAGCACCUCAGGCCUCUUUAGCCAGAAGCUUUUCGACGGGUAGGUACUAUCGACACGUAUAUGCCUUAGACAUCUGAGAAGAUGGCGGAUGUCUCAGCUAAGUCUAAGUAUACAAAAAUCCGUAAUCUCUU